CGGAGCCCGCGCCCCAUGCCCAUGCCUGCGCCCAUGCUGUAGUCCAGCGCGCGCAUGUAGCCGGUCACCUCGUGCUGUUUGAAACCAAUCUGUCCUCGCUAUUUCCAGUCGCUUUCAGUCCGACAACAGGUACAUACAGCAUUAACAUGUGCAUAUAACGUAGCGCAGCUGCCUUCCCAGCGGCGCCCAGAAGGAGAGAGCGACUUUCAAUGUGGGGUGUUAACUCGGUGCUGGCGCGAGCCACGAAUCUGGCGAACAAUGUGACGAAUGCUUUAAUGGACAGGGGUCCCGAGGAGGAUGAAGAGGACGCUGCUCCAGGUGCUGAUGGCACUGGAUAUCAAACCUACGCGAAAGGACCGUUCGACCAGGCAUACGGGCCAGGCGAGGGCGAGCUGCCCGACGCAGACGGUUCCUUUGGGGACCACCCCCCGGUCAGCUCCCGCGCCGACGACGCGGCCAGCAGCGGCAGGCCAGCAGGCACGCCGAUCGGGACCUAUAAUUAUGGGCCUAGCAACGGCACGGAUGAAGCCUCGGCGUCCCGCGGCGCCUCCAGCGCUACGGCCCACGGCCCGUUCACCGCGGAUGCUCCUGCCGCUGGCGGUCCUGGGCCCCGCACAGCAAGCCCGCCUGGAUUGCCUGUCGACACCACGGACGCAGUCCAACCCGAGCACCAGCAUCAGGAGCAGUUACCAAAGUCACAGGCGCCGUCAGGUGCCGGCCCGACCCCCGGCGGCGUUUCGGGUGCGGGCGCGGGCUUGGGCCGGAACCUGAACCUGCUAGGCGCCGCCACCACCACCGCCGCGGGCUCGGCGCUGUCGUUCUUCGGCUCCGCUACCAGUGUGCUGCAGAAGGUGGCGACACAUGUGGCGGGCGCGGAGGAGGCGGCGGACGUGGCGCGGCACCGACCGCAGGUGGAGCUGCUGAAGGCGCAGCUGCUGGAGGUGGCGGAGGAGAACGAGGCGCUGGGGGCGGAGGUGGCGCGGCUGCGGCGGGCGCUGCAGGACGCGGAGGACAGCGCGGAGAUGCUGCAGGCCCAGUCCCAGACAGCGUCGCUGCUGCGUCAGGAGCUGACGACGGAGCAGCACGCGCACGAGGCCACGCGGCGGGAGCUGGAGCGCGCCACGUCCAAGCUGCGGCAGGCUGAGCAGCAGCUGGACGGCAGCGCGGCGGACGUGGCGCAGCACGACUCGUUCUGGAAGGCGGAGCUGCAGGCGCAGCGAGGCGCGGCCGCGCAGGCUCAGGCUCGCGUCACGGAGCUGGAGGGCGCCAUGGCGGGUCUGCAGGCACAGCUGGAGGCAGCCUCGCGGCGGCACAGGGCCGACGGCACCGUGCACAAGACUGAUGCAGUGGCGGAGGCAGAGGCCCAAAAGGCCGCGGCCGCCUUCCAAGUCCGCAUCGAGUCCCAUCUGGCGGCGGCGCAGGCGGCGGCGGACGCAGCAGAGCGCCGCGCGGCGGCGCUGGACUCGGAUGUUGCGGCCGCGCGGGCGGCGGCUGAGGCAGCCGUGCGGCGGCACGGCGAGGAGCUGGCAGCUGCUGUGGCUAAGGCUACCGCGGCAGCCGAGGCGGCGGCGGCUGUACAGCUCCGGGACGCCCAGGAGCAGGCGGGUGCAGGCGCUGGAGAGGUGGAGGCGGCGCGCGCGGCCGCUGCAGCCGAGGCCGCUGCGGCACGCCAGGCCACCGCCGCGGCCGAGUCCCGCGCUCAGGCGGCUGAGUCCCGCGCGAAGGCCGCGGAGGCCCGCGCUCAGGCGGCGGAGGCCCGAGUGGAGGCAGCGGAGGGCCGCGCGGCGGCGGUAGCAGCCCUGGAGGCGGAGCUGCGCGGCGAGCUGGCUGCGGCGCAGGAGGCUCUAGCGGGAGCGCGGCAGGAGCUGGAGGCGGCCUUCGGUCGCGGCGCCGCCUCGGACACGGCCGCCGCGCAGCUACGGCUCCAGGUGGAGGAGCUGGAGCGGCAGCUGACAGAGCAGCGGGUCGCGGCGGAGGCGGCAUCCGCCCGCGCCACGGAGGCAGAGGCGGCGGCCACGUCGGCCCGUGCUGCAGCCGCUGCGGCGGCCACCCCGGCAUCUGCCGGUGAGGGUGAAGGCGUGGACGGUGACGGCGCGCUGGCGAGCAUGCGCGAGCAGCUGGAGAUGAUGAAGGAGCUGUUUGAGGACGAGCAGCGCUUCGGGCUGCAGCACCGCCAGGCGCUGGAGGAGGAGAAGAUGGCGCACACAGCAACACGCAGAAAGCUCUCAGAGGCGGAGGCGGCACUGGCGGCUGCGACGAGUAGCCUCGCAGCCGCGGAAGCCAAGCUGGCGGCGACGGAGACGGCGGCAGUGGAGGCGCGGCAGGCGGCGGAGAGGGCAGAGACGGAGCUCCUCGUGGCCUCCAGCGGCGCCACCGCGGAUGCGGACCGGGAGCGGAAUCACGCGGCGCAAGCGGAAGCCGCGGCAGCGGAGGCACGCGCGCGUUGCGAGGCCGCAGAAGCGCGUGCUGCCGCAGCAGAGGCGGCCGCCGCAGCCGCGCAGUCGCGCGCCGACGAGGCGAGCUCGCGAGUGGCGGACGUGGAGGCGGCCCGUGCCGCCGCAGAGGCAGCACUGGCCGCGGCGCAGGCGCAGUCCGAGUGGCUGCAGCGGCAGGUGGCAGAUGCUCAGUCAGCGGUGGCAACCGCCGAGGCAGCAGCAGCUGAGCUUCGGCGCGAGAUGGGGGAGCUGCAGGCGUCGUUGGCAGCGCUUCGGAGCCAGGAGGAGUCCGACGUAGCGGGCGGCGCGGCGGCCCUUGCGGCAGCCACGUCGGAGGCAUCCGCGUUGCGCGCGCGCCUGGCGGAAGCGGAGGCAGUGGCAGCCGCCGCGUCAGCCCGUGCAGAGGAGAUGCAGGCCGAGGUCGCUGCCCUGCAGGCCAAGCUCGCGGCCGCGGAGGAGGACGCGAGCGCGUCGAAGCGCCAGGUGGCGGCGCUGAAGCAGCAGCUGGUGGCGCUGAGCGAUGAGGCGUCCAGCGCAGCGGCGCAGCAAGAUGCGGCGCGGGAAGAGGCGCGCGCGGCGGCUGAGCAAGCGAAGCGCGAGUUGGAGGCCGCGCGGUCGGAGCUGGCGCGACAGCGCGAGCAGUGCAGCCGGCUUGAGGCCGCGGCCAAUGCCGCCGAGUCGGAGCAGCUGCAGCUGUCGGCGCAGUGCCAACGCAUGGGCGAGGCGCGUGAUGCGGCUGCAGCGCAAGCGGCAGAAGCCGCCGCGGCGCUUGCGCAGCUGCAGGCGGCGCACGGUGCCCUGCAGCAGUCAAACGCCGCGCUGGCGGCACAGGCGGCGGCGGGCGGCGGGCCGGAGGCGCUGCUGGCGGAGCUGGCGGCGGCCAGCCAGCGCAUGGGCGCGCUGCAGACGCAGGUGGCCACGCUGCAGGCGGCGCUGGACGAGCAGGCCAACCGCUCCCAGACUGUGCUGCAGGAGCGCGACAUGUUCUGGAAGAAGGAGCUGUCAGAUCGCGCACUGGCCGUCACCGAGCUCGAGCACAAGCUGCGCGUCGCCAGCGAGGCCGCCGCGCGUGACGCCGACGCCGCGGCGGAGGCGCGCGCCCAGGCGGAGCGCCUGCGCGGCGAGGCGGCGGCUGCGGCGGCGGGCGCUGCGGCGGUGGAGGCGGCGCUGCGCCGGGAGGUGGGCGAGCUGCAGGCCUCCCUGGAGCGCGCGCAGCAGCACGGCAGCGGCUACGGCUACGGCGGCGAUCACGACAGCCCUGCGGAGCGGGAGCUGGCGACGGCCAGGAGCGAGUUCAUGCGGCUGCAGGCGGAGGCGCGCCGGCUGCAGGCCCAGCUGGAGGCAGCGCACGCCGCGACGGCCUCUGCCGCCGCGGACGCCUCGCGCGCGCAGCACGAGGCGCGCGCCGCAGCGGCGCAGCUGGCGGCGGCGGGAGCGGAGCGCGACGCGGCGCAGGCGGAGCUGCGGCAGCUGACGCAUAUGUAUCAGCAGCACCUGGCGACGCAGCGGGAGGAGAUGGCAGCGGUGGUGGCGGCCAACUCGGCGGCGCACACGCCCAACCUGGUGAGCCGGACGGAGAGCAAGGUGCUCUCGCCGUCCCUGUCCGCCAUCGCCACCGCCAACGGCCACGUCGCGCCCGGCACACACCUGCCGCGGGACCUUACCGCGGCAGGCUCGGAGGCGCUGGCGGCGGCGGCGGACUCGGUGGUGGCGGCGCUGGAGGCGGAGGUGGGCGAGCUGCGUGCGGCGCUGGAGACAGCAGAGGGCGAGCGCGAGCGGCUCAAGGGACAGCUGGUGCGGCUCAAGGCGCAGAUGAUGGCGGAGCAAGAGGAGGAGGAGGACAAGGUCGGCUGGCGCGUCCAGGCCGAGGUGAAGGCGGCGGAGGAGCGCGUGGCGGGCGAGCUGGCGGAGCUGCGGGAGGCGCUGGAGGCGGCGCGGACGGCAGCGGCGCGGCAGGAGGCCGAGGUGGCGAGUCUGACGGAGGCGCUGGACUUGAAGGACACCGAAAUCCAGAACCUGCAGGCGGCUCUGGGCGAGCUGACCUACGAGAGCGACGCGGCGGAGCACCUGCGGCUCGAGGUGCGCGCCACCGCCAAUCGUGCAGCGCGGCUCCAACAGGAGCUUGCAGCGGCGCACGAGGCCGUGUCGGCGGCGGCGGCGGGGCGCGAGGCGGCGGAGCGGCAGGUGGAGCGCUGCCGCGGCGAGCUGGCGGCAGCAGCGGCCUCGGAGGCGCGCAUGGCGGAGGAGUGCGCCAUGCUGCGGCGCGCGCUGGACCAGGCGGUGGCCCAGGCCGCGGCCAUGCACAGCGAGACCAACGCCAUGGUGGACCGCCGCAUCGUGGCCAAGCUCCUGCUGACCUACUUCCAACGCAACCAGUCGCGCGAUGUGCUGCAGCUCAUGGCGCGCAUGCUGUGCAUGAGCGACGAGGAGCGCAGCACGCUGGGCCUGCUGGGCAGCCGGCGCGGCCUGCUGAGCCGCGUGGCGGGCGCCCCCAUGGCGCUCAUGUCGGGCGCCGGCCGCAUGCUGGCGGGCGGCGGGGGUGGCGGCCGGGCGGGGGCCGGCGGCGGCCCGGGCGGCGGCGACUCUCUGGCGGACCAGUGGGUGGAGUUCCUGCUCAGCCGCGACGAGGCGGCGCAGCGGCAGCAACAGCAGCAGCAACAGCAGGCGUGGGAGGCACAGCAGCAAGGCCUGCCGGCACCCGCUCUGCCGGGGCAGGGGCCGGCAGUUGCUCCGCCGCCGGCUUCGCCUGCUGGGAGCUCGUGGACGCAUCACAGUGGCAAAGAUGCGCAUGGGGCUGCUGCCCCCGGUGCUGCUACUGGUGCUGCGGCAACGCCCGGCAGCUUCAGCGCGGGCUCCCCACCGGCGUCGCCAGCAGCUGCCGCGCCGCAGCAGUUGGGCGAUGCAGCCGCUCCUGCUUCCAGCAACCUGCAAACUCCCGCUCACGCAGCGCCUCAGCCACACCAGCCCUCCCCCUUGCCCCGUGCCUCUGCUGCGGUUGCUCCGCCGCCCUUCCUACUGCCAGCCGCUGCAUGCACGGCGCUGGGGUCUGCAGCUGCUGGCACCAGCAGUGCCGCCGGCCUGGCGCCUCACUCCGCUACUCCCUCUUACCUGCAUGCCCACGGCCAUACCCUGAGCGGCCCCAGCGGCUUUGCCUCAGCUGGUGGCAGCUCCAUGGCCGCAGCGGCACCCGCCUGGCAGCAGCAGCAGCAGCAGCAGCAGCAGCAGCAUAGCGGCCUCCCGCACACGCCCUACUCGAGCUCCAUGCUUCCACCACCGCAGCAGCAGCAGCAGCAGCAGCAGCCAGCCACCUCGUACAGCGUAUACUCCCAGCCGCCACCCUUUGCCCACUACCCUCAGCUCGGCCCCCCGGCGCAGCCCUACGGUGGCUACACGGCGGCGCAGUACCCCGCCGCAGGCGGCACCGCCCCCGCCGGCCCCGACCUGCAGCAGGUGCUGCAGCAGGUGCCGCCGCAUGGCCCGGCCUCGGCGUCAGGGCCGGCGGCGUCUGGCGCGAUGGGCUUUGUGUCGGGGCCGCCAUCUUCCUCGGCAUUAUACGGGGGCGCGGCGGGCACGAUAGCAGCACUGGCGCCGGCGGCGCCGCCCGCAAAGCCUCCGGCAUAUGCGGGCGAUUGGUAGGGACUCAAUCAGGCGCUUUUUGCCCUAACCCCUAAAGAGUCCUGGAUUGCUCCUGGAUGGAGAACCUGGACUAUAUAGACAUGGCCUUGCGCAACGGCGGGGCAUCUUCCAUGCGAUCCCGCAAGAGAGGUACACUGAGGAAUGCUGAGCGAGGGAGCGUGACAGAGUGCAUGGAUAGGCUGUAAAGGAGGGGAGUGGGAACGGGUGUAGUCACUGGCGGUACUUCGGACUCACUGCAUGCAUUGCGAAACUGCGAGCUACGGUAUGUUAGAGAGCACAGGGGCCAGGCGAAUACCAAGACGGUAUGUUAUUGAAGGCGCGGAACUAGCUGUUGCAUUUGCAGCCUCCAUCAUGACAUGCGUCCGCUUGCCGGGCUUACGUGCGGUGCGUCCUGGCUUCCGGUGCUGCUGUCAUUCUUCGCCUUCGCCUUAAAGCCCACCCAUGCCAGCGGACUGCCACUUGCCCAGCCGACCGGGGGCAUCCAUGGCUCUACCGCAUACGCCGCGGUCCCACGCGAAGCAACACUGUGUUUGGUCUACGCCUAGUACAAGUGAUAACCGGGACGGUGUAAGAGGGCUAGCGCUGAGUUCGCCUGCGGUUGGUUAUGCGCUAGCCCUUUCAUACAGUUUCGGUUAUCGCCGGGGAAGACCAAAAUCAUUGUUGCGUGCGAGCGAGCCUCGGAUGCCCCUGGCCAGCUGGAGUCACAGGCCACCGGCGCGCGUGGGCACCUGGGCGGUGACCAUAGCUGGUGGAUGGUGGAUUUGGGGGGGGGCGCGUUAGCCUGGACCUCAGGCUGGGCAGGCCCACUGCUGCGUGGUGGCAUGAUCGGCGCCUUGGCGCUGUCCUUGUGGGCGGACUCGGCCAACGUU